AUGCUUGGAUGUCGCCCCGGAUGCAUCCCUAUUCUCCUGCGGGCGAAUAACGCACUGCGAAAAUAUCGUCGGGCGGGACUAAGACAAAACAGCAGCAGCAGUGGCGUUAUUGGUGCCUUUUGGUUGGCCGCUGCUGGCGGUAGGGAACAGAGCUUGGUGGGUGACAAGAGGAACAGCUCGUCUUUGCACGGGGCAGAACCUGACAACCUUUGCACUUUCCGUCAUGCGAACUCUCCCGAGACGAUGCUUCCAUCCAUGGGGAGCGCCUCUUAUAGCGAUGAGGAGGCAACGCAUGAGCAACGGUGCACCGUCAUGGGAGAGCAGGGUGAUGGCGAACAGGACGAGCUACAGUUACUGCGUCAGUCAGCGCACACACUACGCGACGCUACAGAAACAGAAAUAAAGGCGGAAAUUGAACGUGACUCCCGUGACGGCGUGACUGCCAUUCCACCACUGCCACCAGUCGGGUGGAAGGUGCAGCACCCGGUGGGAUCGAACUAUUUUGUCAUGGUACAAACACUAAAUGGUGGGGCGAAGUCGGCCGAGCUGCACAAACGGCGCUACCAAAGUGUUCAUGAUGGUUUCCUUCAGGCAGUGAAGGAAAGUCAACGACAAAAUAUGUUGCGUGAUCCGAAGCGGAAACAACAACAGCAACAACACGAGCCUCAAAGACAGGGGCAAGCACGGCAUGAUAUGGAGGGCACCACCGGCAGCCAAUCUUUGCAAGCAAAGAGUUUGCCCAAAAAGAUGUUUGUUGAUUACAGUGGUCAAAACCAGCGUCGUGCAAUGCUACGAGAGAUGAAUACUUUACACGAUGCGGAAAAUGUGAGGAGAAUGGAUGUUCACUUGACCGUGUUUGCUCCGCUUCGCGUAUACGAUCCUUCUUUACAGGACCCCACCGUGGACAUCUGCGAGUGGUCUUCCUUUGACGUACUUGUUCGAAAGACGACAGCAGCGGGCAAACGUGGUUCUAAAGGUGGUGCACAAAGUGCUCUUCACUCUUUGUCACACUUCAUCGAGGAAAGUGCGCUCUGUAUGUUGGUGAGAGUAGCCAGUGUAAACAGCGAGAUGCGAAUUCGUUUCAUUCAAUUUCUUUCACGGCAUGAGGCGCAGGCACUGGAGGAGCAUGCGUGUUUUGGCCAAGGCGAGCCAGGAUUUUUAGAAUUGAUGCGCCGCCGCCGUCAGGUUCGGGCGACAACACGUCCCUUUCGUUCAUUGAGCCGCUACGAUGAACCACUAGCGCUGUUUCAAGAAGCGCCUAACGACUACAAGGCAUUAGCGAGUAAUCCUCUGACUUUCAACUCACAACGGGGCGCGUGCGGUACGGCCUAUGAACUCCUGACUGAAUGUUUCGACUCUGGCGGAGAGUACAGUCGAACACUGUGCUACAAUGGACCGUACCUGAGCGAGUUAUCUAAGGAGAUGGUGGAGGCAUUUCAGGGGUACCUUCAAGGGGACCUUGCUAUUUCGGCAGGGCUUUGCGAGUAUGUGUGUCAGAUGCAGUUUUUCUUGGAACAGGAGGAGUACAUGGCGUGGCUGGGGAGGUUGCGUCACGUGGCCACUGUUGCUGCAGAGCGUAACUCCAAAUGA